AUGGAGCCCGCGGCAGGCUUCCUGUCCCCGCGACCCUUCCCGCGUGCGGCCGCCCCGCCAGCGCCCCCCGCCGGACCCGGGCCGCCUGGAAGUCCCAAGCCUGGAUCUGAGCCAGAGGUGCUGGCCGAGACUCCGGCACCGGACCCUGGGCGCCUCAUCACCGACCCGCGGAGCGGCCGCACCUACUUCAAAGGCCGCCUGUUGGGCAAGGGGGGCUUUGCCCGCUGCUAUGAGGCCACUGACACAGAGACCGGCAGUGCCUACGCGGUCAAAGUCAUCUCGCAGAGCCGCAUUACCAAGCCGCAUCAGCGUGAGAAGAUCCUAAACGAGAUUGAGCUGCACCGCGGCCUGCAGCACCGCCACAUCGUGCGUUUCUCGCACCACUUUGAGGAUGCUGACAACAUAUACAUUUUCCUGGAGCUCUGCAGCCGAAAGUCCCUGGCCCACAUCUGGAAGGCCCGGCACACCCUGUUGGAGCCAGAGGUGCGCUACUACCUUCGGCAGAUCCUUUCCGGACUCAAGUACUUGCACCAGCGGGGCAUCUUGCACCGGGACCUCAAGCUAGGAAAUUUUUUUAUCACUGAAAACAUGGAACUGAAGAUGGGGGAUUUUGGACUGGCAACCCGGUUGGAGCCCCCAGAGCAUAGGAAGAAGACCAUCUGUGGUACCCCCAACUAUGUGGCCCCAGAAGUGCUGCAGAGACAGGGCCAUGGCCCGGAGGCAGAUGUGUGGUCCCUGGGCUGUGUCAUGUACACGCUGCUAUGUGGGAGCCCCCCCUUUGAGACCGUUGACCUGAAGGAGACGUACCGCUGCAUCAAGCAGGUUCACUACACGCUGCCUGCCAGCCUCUCACUGCCUGCCCGGCAGCUCCUGGCCACCAUCCUUCGAGCUUCACCCCAAGACCGCCCCUCAAUUGACCAGAUCCUGCGCCAUGACUUCUUUACCAAGGGCUACACCCCGGACCGUCUCCCUGUCAGCAGCUGUGUGACAGUCCCAGACCUGACACCCCUUAACCCAGCUAGGAUUCUGUUUGUCAAAGUUACCAAGAGCCUCUUUGGGAGAAAGAAGAACAAGAAUAAGAACCAUCCAGAGGAGCGGGACGACGUCUCCUCUUUGGUGAAUGGCCUCACUCGGACAUCCAUUGGACAUCAGGAUGCCAGGCCUGAGGCUCCAGCAGCUUCAGGUCCAGCCCCCCUCAGCCUGGUAGAGACAGCACCAGAAGACAGUUCACCCCGUGGAACACUGGCAAGCAGUGGAGAUGGGUUUGAAGAAGGUCUGACUGUGGCCACAGUGGUGGAGUCAGCCCUCUGUGCUCUGAGAAACUGCCUGGCCUUCAUGCCCCCAGCUGAACAGAACCCAGCUCCCCUGGCACAACCAGAACCUCUAGUGUGGGUCAGCAAGUGGGUUGACUACUCCAACAAGUUUGGCUUUGGGUAUCAACUGUCCAGCCGCCGUGUGGCUGUGCUCUUCAACAAUGGCACACACAUGGCCCUGUCGGCCAACAGAAAGACUGUGCACUACAACCCCACCAGCACUAAGCACUUCUCCUUCUCUGUGGGUGCCGUGCCUCGGGCUCUGCAGCCUCAGCUGGGAGUCCUGAAGUAUUUCGCCUCCUACAUGGAGCAGCGCCUCAUGAAGGGUGGAGAUCUGCCCAGUGUGGAAGAGGUGGAGGUACCUGUGCCCCCACUCCUGCUGCAGUGGGUCAAGACCGAUCAGGCCCUACUCAUGCUCUUUAGUGAUGGCACCAUCCAGGUGAACUUCUACGGAGACCACACCAAGCUGAUCCUCAGUGGCUGGGAGCCCCUCCUUGUGACUUUCGUGGCCCGCAAUCGCAGUGCUUGUACUUACCUCGCUUCCCACCUUCAGCACCUGGGCUGCUCCCCAGAUCUGCGGCAGCGGCUUCACUAUGCUCUGCGCCUGCUCCGGGACCGUUGCCCCGUCUAG